AUGUUCAAAAUUCUUACUGUAUUUCUUUUUUUAUUCGUUUCAGUCAAUGGUAUUUGAAAAAUAAACAAAAAAGUGAUUUCUGAUCAAAAACCAUUUUUAGGUGUUUGUCAACCAGCAAAAAAUCUAAUUGAUUCGAGUCUUGUCAAUUGUCCACAAUGUAAAUUUCUAUCCGCUGACAAAACAGUUUCAGGAAGUGGAAAUAAGGUGAACUUUUAAAUUAAAUUUAUAAAUUCCUAAUUAAAUUAAUUUCAGUAUUCAGUAAACUGUCCAUCUGGACAUACAUUUUGGUGGUAUUUAAAUGCAAAAGAAUUUCGAGAAGAUGUUUCUUUAAUUGGGGUUAGCUUUUGGUUUCAUUCAAAUUUUCUAAAUUAAUAUUUUUCAGUCAAAAUAUACAAUCGAAUGUGAUGGUUCAUCGUGGAAACUAACAAUUCCAAAUCAACCAAAAGUUCAAAAAUCCAAAAUAACAGCAAUUGUUUGUGGAGAUCGUCGAUGA